AUGCCUUUUUGAAUGGAGACCUCGUAGAGGAAGUCUACAUGAGCUCUCUGCCUGGAUUUGAAGCCCAGUUUGGUCAGCAUGUGUGUCAACUCCAGAAAUCUAUAUAUGGUCUGAAACAGUCUCCCAGAGCAUGGUUUGACAGAUUCACUACCUUUGUCAAGUCCCAAGGGUACAGGCAGGGACACUCUGAUCAUACUUUAUUUACAAAGGUUUCCAAAACAGGAAAGAUUGCUGUUCUAAUAGUUUAUGUGGAUGACAUUGUUUUGACUGGAGAUGAUCAGGCAGAAAUCAGUCAACUAAAGCAGAGAAUGGGCGAUGAGUUUGAAAUCAAGGAUUUGGGAAAUUUGAAAUAUUUCCUUGGAAUGGAGGUGGCCAGAUCUAAAGAAGGUAUCUCCGUAUCUCAAAGAAAAUACAUCCUUGAUUUGUUAACCGAGACAGGUAUGUUAGGAUGUCGUCCCACUGACACUCCUAUUGAAUUCAACUGCAAACUAGGAAACUCUGAUGAUCAAGUUCCAGUUGAUAAAGAACAGUAUCAACGCCUCGUGGGUAAAUUAAUUUACUUAUCUCAUACUCGUCCUGAUAUUUCCUUUGCUGUGAGUGUUGUCAGCCAGUUUAUGCAGACCCCUAAUGAGGAACACAUGAAAGCUGUCAACAGAAUCUUGAGAUACUUAAAAUCAACACCUGGUAAAGGGCUGAUGUUUAGAAAAACAGACAGAAAGACCAUUGAGGCAUACACUGACUCGGAUUGGGCAGGAUCUGUUGUUGACAGAAAAUCUACCUCUGGUUAUUGUACCUUUGUUUGGGGCAAUCUUGUAACUUGGAGGAGUAAGAAGCAAAGUGUUGUGGCCAGGAGCAGCGCUGAGGCUGAAUAUAGAGCUAUGAGUUUAGGAAUAUGUGAGGAAAUUUGGCUUCAGAAAGUUUUGACAGAUCUUCAUCAGGAAUGUGAGACACCAUUGAAGCUUUUCUGUGAUAAUAAAGCCGCUAUUAGUAUUGCUAACAACCCUGUUCAACAUGAUAGAACUAAACAUGUUGAGAUUGAUCGACAUUUUAUCAAAGAAAAACUUGACAGUGGGAGCAUAUGCAUUCCGUACAUCCCUUCGAGUCAACAGGUUGCUGAUGUUCUUACCAAAGGGCUUCUCAGACCAAACUUCGACUUUUGCGUUAGCAAGUUGGGCCUCAUUGAUAUUUACGUCCCAACUUGAGGGGGAGUGUUGGAAUUCUUUCCUUUUUUCUAGGCUUUUUCCUUGUUA